UCUCCCCCCCCCCCCCCGGAGAUGGUGGACUAUCACGCGGCCAACGCGCCGCAGUCGGUGCCUCAGGCCAACCACGGCGAGUACAUGCACCCCGAGGACGACUGGGACCGCGACCUGUUACUGGACCCCGCCUGGGAGCGGCAGCAGCGCAAGACAUUUACAGCAUGGUGCAACUCACACUUGAGGAAGGCAGGGACACAAAUUGAAGUUAUUGAAGAGGAUUUCAGAGAUGGACUCAAACUCAUGCUGUUACUGGAGGUGAUUUCAGGAGAACGACUACCCAGACCUGAACGAGGAAAGAUGAGGGUGCAUAAAAUAAACAAUGUCAACAAAGCAUUAGAUUUUAUUGCAAGCAAAGGAGUGAAGCUGGUUUCAAUUGGAGCAGAAGAAAUCGUCGAUGGGAAUGCAAAGAUGACUCUUGGGAUGAUCUGGACUAUCAUCCUCCGCUUUGCCAUUCAAGAUAUAUCUGUUGAAGAAACUUCUGCCAAGGAGGGACUUCUGCUGUGGUGCCAGAGGAAGACAGCGCCAUACAAAAAUGUCAAUGUGCAGAACUUCCACAUCAGCUGGAAAGAUGGUCUGGCAUUCAGCCUCAUCCACAGACAUCGACCAGAACUCAUCGACUACGACAAGCUGAGAAAGGACGACCCACUCACAAACCUGAAUAAUGCCUUUGAAGUGGCUGAGAAAUACCUGGAUAUCCCCAAGAUGUUGGAUGCAGAAGACAUUGUCGGCACUGCCCGUCCUGAUGAGAAAGCAAUUAUGACCUAUGUGUCGUGUUUCUACCAUGCCUUUUCGGGCGCCCAGAAGGCUGAAACCGCUGCCAAUAGGAUCUGUAAAGUCCUGGCAGUGAAUCAGGAGAAUGAACACCUGAUGGAAGACUAUGAGAAGCUAGCCAGUGACCUGCUGGAGUGGAUCCGUCAAACCAAGCCCUGGCUGGAGAACCGGGAGCCCGAGAAGACCAUGCAGGCCAUGCAGCAGAAACUGGAAGACUUCCGCGAUUACCGCCGGGUGCACAAGCCUCCCAAAGUCCAGGAGAAGUGUCAGCUCGAGAUCAACUUCAACACCCUGCAGACCAAACUGCGGCUCAGCAACCGGCCCGCGUUCAUGCCAUCGGAAGGCAAAAUGGUCUCCGACAUCAACAAUGCGUGGCAAGGCUUGGAGCAGGCCGAGAAGGGCUACGAGGAGUGGCUGCUCAACGAGAUAAGGAGACUGGAAAGACUGGACCACUUGGCAGAGAAAUUCAGGCAGAAGGCCACCAUACACGAGGAGUGGACCAAAGGUAAAGAGGCCAUGUUGACGCAGAAAGACUACGAGACGGCCACUCUGGCUGACAUCAAGGCCUUGCUGAAGAAACAUGAGGCGUUUGAGAGCGACCUGGCAGCACACCAAGACCGGGUGGAGCAGAUCGCUGCCAUUGCACAAGAACUCAACGAUCUGGAUUACUACGACUCCCCCAACGUCAAUGCGCGCUGCCAGACCAUUUGCGACCACUGGGACACUCUGGGCGCUCUAACACAGAACAGGAGGGAAGCGCUGGAGAGGACCGAAAAGCUGCAGGAGACGAUCGAUCAGCUGUACCUGGAGUACGCCAAAAGGGCCGCGCCAUUCAACAACUGGAUGGAGGGAGCCAUGGAGGACCUGCAGGACAUGUUCAUCGUCCACACCACUGAGGAAAUCCAGGGGCUCAUUGCAGCCCAUGAGCAGUUCAAAGCCACCUUGCCUGACGCUGACAAGGAGCGAGAGGCAAUACUGGGCAUCCACAACGAGAUGAUAAAAAUCGCCCAGUCCUACAACAUCAAGCUGUCCGGUGUGAACCCCUACACAACCAUCACUCCCCAGAGCAUCAACGAUAAGUGGGGCAAGGUUCAGCAGCUGGUGCCUGCGCGAGACCAGGCCUUGCAAGUCGAGUUUAACAAGCAGCAGUCGAAUGAACACCUGCGGCAGCAGUUCGCCAGCCAGGCCAACGUUGUUGGGCCCUGGAUUCAGACCAAGAUGCAGGAGAUCGGUCGUAUCUCAAUCGAGAUGCACGGCACACUGGAGGAUCAGCUGAACCAGCUGAAGCAAUACGAGAACAGCAUCAUCAACUACAAGGCCAACAUUGAGAAACUGGAGCAGGACCAUCAGCUCAUCCAGGAGGCCCUCAUCUUCGACAAUAAGCACACCAACUACACCAUGGAGCACAUCCGAGUCGGCUGGGAACAGCUGCUUACGACCAUUGCUCGGACCAUUAACGAAGUGGAGAACCAAAUCCUCACCCGCGAUGCCAAGGGCAUCAGCCAGGAACAACUCAACGAGUUUCGAGCAUCUUUCAAUCACUUUGACAAGGACCUCAGUGGCAAACUGGGACCCGAGGAGUUUAAAGCCUGCCUUAUCAGCUUGGGUUAUGAUGUGGGAAAUGACCAACAGGGCGAAGCGGAGUUUGCCCGGAUCAUGGGUGUCGUCGACCCCAACAACACGGGCGAAGUCUCGUUCCAGGCCUUCAUCGACUUCAUGUCACACGAGACGACAGACACGGACACGGCUGAGCAAGUCAUGGCCUCCUUCAAGAUCCUGGCGGGAGACAAGAACUACAUCACCGCAGACGAGUUGCGGAGAGAGCUGCCUCCUGAUCAGGCGGAGUACUGCAUUGCCCGGAUGGCACCCUACGCGGGCCCAGACGCUGUGCCAGGAGCUCUCGAUUACAUGUCCUUCUCCACAGCUCUGUACGGGGAGAGUGACCUGUAACCAGCUUCACCUCGUCUCCACAGCCAGCCCUCUCUCUCUCUCUCUCUCUCUCUCCUUCCUUCUC